AUGUUAACUUAAAGCUAAUAGCAUUAAUUCGAUUUUAAAACCAGAUAAGCUUCACAAAUAGGUACUUAUACCCUACUAUUCAACUUAUUUAUACUCAUUUAUAAUUGAUGCUAUUUAUUGAUAAUUGUUAUUUUAGAUUUUAGUUCGUUAAAACCACCUAGACAUCCAUAAGGAGAAAAUUAAUAGGAAUUGCAUCGGUAUAUAAAGUAAUAUAUAAAAGAACUUAAAAACCAUUACUUCAAAAACGAUAUAAAGUAACAGCAGAUGAGAGUGAUUAGAGAAAUCAUAAGAUUUCAUUACCCUCAUUAACAAAUUUUAGAAAGACAGAAUUUAGUUCAUUGGAAAAUAGUAUGGAUUGAAUUAAGUUAGUUGCAUAACCUAUAUCUAUUCUAAAUUAAGGAAAUGGGAUAAGAAUUCCAAAUCGGUUACCUAAACUUGAGAGUCGUAAUGAAAUAUCAAAAUCUAAAUAUGAAAUUGAAUUCAAUUAAACACCAAGAGAUGAAGAAUAGAAAUAAAAAUAGAAAUAAAAAAAGACUUCAUUUACACCUGAAUAAAGGAUAUCAGAAAGUCCUGAAAAGAAGAGUUCUUAUAGUAAAAAGAAAGGAGGAGCAAAAUAAUGGUAAGGAAUGAGUUAUCUUCAUAAAACAAAAGCUGGUUGUUAAAUUAAUAAAUAAACUAAGACAAAUUAAGAUGCAGCAAUAGUAUUUCCAUAAAAUAUUGGCAGGUAUAAAUGAGCAGUAAUUUAGAAAAGUUAAAAUUAUGGAUUAGUUGGAAUUUGUGAUGGACAUGGAGUAAAUGGACAUUUAGUUUCAGACAUUAUCAAAUAAAGAUUACCAAGUAAAUAAAAUGAGUAAUAUUAGUCUAUUUGGAAUAUUAAUUACAUUCAUAAAAUCCAGAUAUGGAAGAUUGUUUUAAAAAUUGUUUUGAAUUAACAAAUUCAGAAAUUCUAUAAAGUUAAUUUGAUACAGCAUUAUCUGGUUCAACUACAGUUCUUGCUUUGAUUUAAUAAAAUUAAUUAUGGACAGCUAAUGUUGGAGAUUCAAGAGUAAUAUUAUGUAGAAAUGUUAAUGGAUGGAGAUCUGUUCCAAUAACUAGAGAUCAUAAACCAUCAGAUGAAGCUGAGAAAUAAAGAAUUAUUUAAGCUGGUGGUAGAGUUCAAUGUUAAAGAGGUUGUAUAUAAAAGAUUAAAAUUUAUUAGAUUUCUUUGGAAAUAGUGUUGGACCUGAAAGAGUUUGGCUUUCAUAUAUAGAUGCUCCUGGAUUAGCAAUGACUAGAAGUAUGGGAGAUAAAAUUGGAGCUGAAGCAGGUGUUAGUAGUAUACCUGAAGUAUUUUAAUUUACUUUAUCAACAAAUGAUAAAUUUCUAGUGAUAGCUUCUGAUGGAGUAUGGGAAUAUUUAUCAAAUGAUGAGGUAAAUAAUUUAUUUAUUUUAUUUAUUAGGUAAUGAAUAUCAUUAUACCUUAUUACGAAAAAGGAGAACUUGAUUAAGCAGGAGAGAAAUUAAUGAUUGAAGCUAUUAAUUCUUGGAAGAAGAAUAGUCCUGCAAGAGAUGAUAUAACUUUUAUUAUUGUAUAAUUAAAUAAUUGAAUUUAGUAAUUAUGUGUGGUAAAAUUAAUUUAUUAAUUGUUUAUUUACAUGUCUUUACAUUUCUAAUAUUUAGGCUAGGGAUUGAGUAGCCAAAAAACUAUGGAAUUAUUACAAAAGCAUUGUUCAUCUAAGUAUAAAUGUUAUUUUAACUCAAGUCAUCAUAAUAAAAUUGCUGAUUUUGGUGCUACUUUUGAUGAAUUAUUAGAGUAAUAAAAAUACAAAGAAUUAAUUUUAUAAACCUUAGAGAUUAUCAAUUUAUCAUCUGAUAAAACUUGUAUUUUGCAAAUCAUAUUUAAUAGUAUUAUAGCCAAUCUAUUCUGCUAUUUAAUAUUGGAUGACUAAGCUUGAUUUCAAAGAAUAAUAAAUCACUGUAGAUCUCUUCUUAAAACAUAUCGAACAAAUUAAUGAAGAAGCUAUUUUUAAAACUAAAAUGUAAUUCUGCAUCACUAUUCAAAAGCAUGGCUUAGCUAUUCAAUACAUUGAGUUCAUCAUAAUUAUCAUAGAAUCUAUUUUUGAAAUUACUUGAAUGUGUUAAGAGAUGGAAUACCUAAUAAUUAAUUAUUUCUCCAAUUAUUUCCAAUAUUAAAGAAUUCUUGAAUUUAUGGACUUUAACUGGCCCUGAAGUCUUAAAAAUAUUAAAUGCAAUCUCGGAUUUAAUCGAUCCUUAAGAGUAUUACUUUAUAAACUACUUAUAGUUAACAAUAUGCUAUACAAAUAUCAGAAUAUAUUUUGAGAAACAUUAGCACAUCUUAAGAAUAAUAUAUUAAAACAUUUAUUAACUUUUAAAAUAUCAAUGUAUCAUUCAUAUUCUUAUAAUUUAAGUAAUCAUUCUUAAAAUUAUGUGAAAUCACUUAAUGUUCAAAUUAUCAAGUUAUUGAAAAAACUUAACUUGCAUCACUUAUUAAAUUAGUGCUUUCUGGAGAUUUAACAGCAGUCUAAGCUUUACUUGAAAAAGAAGAUGCUUAUUUCAAAUCUAUUAGUAUGAAUUUUAAUAUUAAAAUAGAUUUGAAUUCAUAAUAAUACUUGAACUAAACUAGAAUUGCUAAAUUUAUUCAAUUAUCAAGCUAAAAAUAAAGUUAUACUUAUUAAGAAAUAGCUGAAGCUUUAAAUGUAUCAAUUAAAUUUUGAUUAAUUUUAGAUUUAAUUAGAAAAAGUAGAAAUUUGGGUCAUUCAUGCAAUUCAAUCUUAAAAUGUUUCUGCCUAAAUUGAUUAAUCUUAAUAAAGAAUUUACAUUUUGUAAUUAAAUAUCCUAUAUUAGAGAUAACUUUAAAAAAUUAUUAACCAAAGAAGAUUGGUAAAAUUUGCAUAAAAAAUUAUCAGCUUUAUUAACUAAGCUUAAAAAUGUCCAAACAUAAUGAGG